CAAUUGAAAACGAGCAGCUAUGCCGCGCGAGGCAGAAAAGAGUCUGGAGGCUUGGAACGACAGCCGAGACACCGGAGGACUAACCCGGGGACGGCGGCACCGGGAGGCGGCUGUUAGUCGUUGAGAGCGUUUCGCCCCCCCACUCGGUAACCUCCUCCCGAGAACGCACGCAGUGCGGGCUUGUUGACCGACCUCGGUCCUUCUCCCCCACCUUCCUUUCCCCUAUACAUCAACAAUGUUGCUGCUAUAGCCGUCUGAGGAUUUAUGUCUCCAGCCUCCCGGUUGUUUGUAUCGACUGCGAGUCAAACUUGAACCGAGACAAUAAGAGACAAGCAGCGGUGCUCACUAUGAUUUUAUUGGGGACGAUAUGCCUUCAGUUUUUGCUGUGGAUUUUAUGUGCCGUGAACGGGGAAGAGCAGCCCUUCAGCGUGGAGACAUGGCUCCAAAGGUAUGGCUACCUCCCUCCUGCAGACCCCAGAAUGUCAGUGCUACGUUCUGCCCGAGUCAUGCAGUCUGCUAUAGCUGCCAUGCAGCGCCGCUACGGCCUCAAUGUUACAGGAACUCUUGACAGCAACACUAUCGAAUGGAUGAAGAAGCCCAGAUGUGGUGUUCCUGACCAGAUAGCAGGCGUAUCAAAAUUCACCGUCAGGAAACGGCGGUACGCCCUCACAGGACAAAAGUGGCAACACAAAUAUAUCACAUACAGCAUAAAGAACGUGACACCCAAAGUCGGUGCCGAGGAAACGCAUGAUGCCAUCCGGCGAGCCUUUGAUGUUUGGCAAAAUGUGACGCCGCUGCGCUUUGAAGCUGUGCCGUACAGUGAACUGGAGCGGACCAAGAAAGAUGUGGACAUCACAAUCAUUUUUGCCUCAGGUUUCCAUGGUGACAGUUCCCCAUUUGACGGUGAGGGUGGCUUCCUGGCCCAUGCCUACUUCCCAGGGCCAGGAAUUGGAGGAGACACACAUUUUGACUCGGAUGAGCCAUGGACACUGGGCAACCCCAACCAUGACGGGAAUGAUUUGUUCCUGGUAGCAGUUCACGAGCUUGGCCACGCACUCGGGCUGGAACACUCCAACGACCCCACGGCAAUCAUGGCUCCUUUCUACCAGUACAUGGACACUGAGAACUUCAAACUGCCUAUGGACGAUCUGCUGGGAAUCCAGAAAAUUUAUGGGCCUCCUGACAAGCUCCCACAGCCCACCAAGCCUUUGCCAACGGUGCCCCCUGCUCGUUCUCACCCCCCAUCUGAUCCACGCAAACCAGACAGGCAGACCAGACCUCCAAGGCUGCCUACCGGUGACAGACCAUCUCACCCAAAUUCUAAACCUAACAUCUGUGAUGGAAGUUUCAACACCUUGGCAAUACUACGGAGAGAGAUGUUUGUCUUUAAGGACCACUGGUUUUGGCGAGUAAGAGAUAACGCUGUCAUGCCUGGAUACCCCAUGCUCAUCAGUCUUUUCUGGAGGGGUCUGCCACCUAAAAUCGAUGCAGUCUAUGAGAAUAGUGAGGGCAAAUUUGUUUUCUUCAAAGGGAAGCAAUUCUGGGUGUUUAAAGACACGGUGUUGCAGGCGGGAUAUCCAAGAGAAAUCACUCAGUAUGGCCACGGCAUGCCAGCUCAGAGCAUCGAGACAGCCGUGUGGUGGGAAGAUGUGGCCAAGACUUACUUCUUUAAAGGAGAUAGGUACUGGCGUUACAAUGAAGAAAUGAGAACCAUGGACCCUGGUUAUCCCAAACCCAUCACGGUGUGGAGAGGUGUGCCUGAAUCGCCACAGGGGGCCUUUGUCGAUAAAGCCAAUGGUUUCACAUACUUCUACAAGGGGAAGGAGUACUGGAAGUUCAACAACCAAUUCCUAAGAGUGGAGCCUGGCUAUCCACGUUCCAUCCUCAAGGACUUCAUGGGUUGCGACUUGAUGCCAAUGGACCCGGGGCGCCCGCCCACCGGCGACGGCAACACAGACGUGGUCAUCGAGCUGGACAAUGAGGCAAACACGGUGAAGGCGGUUGCCAUCGUCAUCCCGUGCGUGCUGGCGCUGUGCCUGCUAGUGCUGGUCUAUACUGUGGUACAGUUCAAGAGGAAGGGUACGCCGCGCCACAUACUUUACUGCAAACGCUCCAUGCAGGAAUGGGUGUGAUACAUAAAGAGGAGAGAACAGAAGCAGAUGGCGGCUGUCCAUCCCUUUGUAGGAUGGCGUGGACGUUUGAAACCGCAGCCUCUUUCGUUGGCCGAUCUCACCUAAGAGUGGCCACUAACACACAAGGCAUGACCUCGGGAUAAGAGUGAAGUUGAAUCUGCCUUUUUCCACUAACAAGAGGAGCAGAGGGACACUUUGUCGGGAAUGUUUUCCUUAAAAUGACCUUGAAACAGUUAGGAAAAAAAAGUUGAGGUCUGUUUCCUUUUUUUUGUUUGUUUGUUUUUAUCUCUUGCCGGACUGCUCUUAAUCACAAUCAGGGGGAGGACUUUUAGCUGGACACGCUCUUCCCACAGGCAAGUCAUCGUCAUCUGUCAUAUCAGGUGUUAGGACAAAACAAAAUCGGAUUUCUGUGCCCAACCCACACCAAAAGAUAAUCACUCUUCUUGUUUUGUUUUGUUUUUUGUUUGUUUUACUUUUUCAAUUUCUUUAAGGAGGUCGUCACUGUUCCCUUUAAAAUGUUCCUGAGGAAGAGACCAAACUAAACCAAAUAAAAUCUCUCCAAAGAGAAUCACUUAUUUUGAGUUUUCAAAUGUCAUUUGAUUCCUCCUCUGGAUCCACGCGGUGAUUUCAGCGCGGGAGCUCCGACUGUUGUGGCAGUCUGUUUGAGACACAGGGGCCAAAUUAUUCUGCAAUAUUUUAACUCGCCUUAAUUAUGCUUAAUAUUUCUUGUGCUGGGUUUUACUGUACUGUUGUGUUUCGUUCGGUUGUUUUUCUAUACUGCUCUUACGUUGGUUUUAUUUGUAUGAGAAGCAGCUUUAAAUGCUUCUUGUGAUUUGGUAUUUCUGGAUUUUAAUACGUGACCUAGAAUGCUCAGCACUGGCUUGCUGAGCUCUUCUGGACAAUAAAGUCCACUUGUAUUCAGAGUAAUGUUAUUAUAUGUAGGAGGUUCCUGGAGUAAAGCCACUAUUUUGUGUUUUAUAUUUGUUGACGGUAAAGGUUCAUCAUUUUCCUGUGGCAGAUUUCUGGCGACUUGAACAUUUUAAGAUUUGUUGUUUGUUUUGUCAUUCUGUCCAGUAGUCCCAUUUUUUCGAUAGUGUUUUUUCUGAAUGGAUUUUUUUUCCUCUCAAAAAAAAUCUGUCAACUGCCUUUUUUUGCAAGAUCUUACACAUCCCAGAAUGACGUCAUCGUUCAGAGGACCUCAAAAAUCAAGCUCAGUGCCUGUGUCAGCAUGCAUGCAAGCUUUUACAACCACACAUCUGCUCAACGUGGCUUUGUUCUCCUUUAAAAGCUAGGAGGCCUUUUUUGUUGUUGUUUUAUUUAUCUUUUUUUUAAGUAUACCACCAUACAGGUACAGGUGAAUCAAAGACCCACAUCCAAUUGGGUCGAAUAGGUACAUCGGGCAAUCGAUACAGUUGGUCAGCAUUUUAAUGUCUUCUCUGAAUGUCUGUUUUCAUGAUUGCAUUGUCUUACUUUCUUUUCAGGUAAAAGCAAUUGAAACAUCUCACAUUUUUUUGUUUAAAACUUUGGGACAAUAGAGACAAAUGUUCUGACAGAAUGAAUAAAUUGAUCAA